AUGGCAACACCUCAACAAGGCGCUCCAAUCGGUAUCAACGGCGCGUUUCUUCCCCAGCAACUCAACGGCGCAAUGGAUCCUCGAAUGUUCCAACAGCAACAGCCGCAGGGGCAACAGCAGUUCCCAAUGGGCGGCGGCCAGAAUGGCAUACCCGGCAUGCCUGGUAUGGUGCGACCUGGCGACCCCGGCCCGUCGUCUAUGGCCAACACGCAAAUCCACCAGCAGCUUCAGCAACAGCUGCAACAGCAACUCCAGAUGGCUCAAGGUCAACAACAGCAAGGCGUCCGUCCCAUGUUCAACCCCGGCAACCUUGCACCGCAGCAGCUUGCGAUGCUUCAGCGGAUGGCCCAGCAAGGCGGACCGAAUGGCCUAAACCCACAACAAAUCCAGAUGGCCAUGGCCAGUCUCGCCCAACAACAGCAACCGCAACAGCAACCGCAACAGCAACAGCCACAGCCCCAGGGUCUGGGCGGACUCAACCCUCAGAUGCUGGCCGCGGCGAUGCGCGCAGGAGUUCCUCCUGCUCAGCUCAGUCAGCUGGGCCAGCAACUGAACCCGCAGCAGCUUGCCCAGCUGGCGGCCGUUGGGCAGAUGCAGAACUUGGGUGGUAUGCAGGGCCAACAGGGCGGCCAGCAGAACCCGCUUCAGCAGCUGCAAGCCCAGCGAUUGCAACAGCUCAUGCAGGCCCAGCAAGCCGCCGCGUCCCCUCAGCAAUCGCAAUCACCACAGAUGCCGCCACAGCAGUCGCCUCAGCAGCAACAGCAGCAGCCUGGUGGUGGUGUCAUGACCCCAGAGAUGGCACGGCUACAAAUGCAAGGUCGAGCUUCGCCCGCCGGAGGAUCACCGGUCCGCCCUCAAGGUAUGCAGCAGCUUCCCGGAUCCAUGCCCCCACCGGCACUUCCAACUGGGGCAUCUCCGCGACCGAGCAACAUGGCUCCGCCUCCGACUCCGGGCCAGCAACGUCCUGUCCUGUCCUUGACUCCUCAGCAGCAGCAGUUCAUUACUGCUCAACGAAACGCGCUGAUGGGAAGUCCUCAAUGGAAGGCCCUUCCUCCGGCACAGCAGCAAGUGCAGUUGCAAGGCAUGCAGCAGCACUUGAUCCGCAUGAUGCUCAGCCAAGGGGCCGGGCAGGGGCAAGGCCAAGGCCAAGGACAGGGACAAGGACAGCAGCCGCAACCUCCUCAGACACCUCAGCAGCAACAGCCCGGAACACCUCAGGCGCCGGGCACGCCGCAGCAAUCUCACCAGCCUGGUCCCCAGCAGAGCCCGGUUCCCCAACCGAUGUCCGGACUUCCGCAACAUAUGCAGCGACCAGGAUCUGCGGCGUCGCAACGCGCUAGCUCGCCUCAUCCUUCGCUACCCCCUGGAUCGCCAGCGAACCGCCCGAUGUCUGCCGCUACCCCGCCCUCCACGGCGCCUGCUCCGUUCAUGGGUACGCCCCAGCAGGCUCCCUCACCCGCCCACUCCAAUCACUCCCACGGUCCCCCGCCUGCGCCCGGUAUGGCCCCGUCACCCAUGCACCAAACUCCGUCCCAGGAUGGAUCUGGACCGCCGCCACCGCCGCCUCAGUUUGGUCUGAAUGGCCCUCAAGGACCGCCGAUGGGUCAGAUGCCUCCGGGACAGUCGCCUCAGGCCGCCGCCAUUGCUGCACUCCAGGCUCAAGCGCAGAACGCGCAGAUGAUGCAGGGUGGCCCGACACCGGGAGGACCGCAACCCGGCUUUCCUCCGGGCAUGAGCUUGCCACCGGGCAUUCCUCCAGGGGCAAUGCAGAACAUGACGCCGCAGCAACAAAUGCAGAUGGCGCAAGCAAUGAUGUUCCAGCAGCAGCAGCAACAGCAGCAGCAACAACAGCAACAACAACAACAGCAGCAGCAGCAGCAGGGUGGCAACCAGCCUGGUCCGCCGCAAAUGCGACCCGGCAUGCCGCCGCUACCGCCUGGAAUUCGCCCGCCGCCGGGAAUCAACCCGAACGAGUUCCCCUUCGACGCUCGAUUAUUACCUCACCUGCAGCAUGUUAACGACCCUCGCUGGAGAGAAGAAUGGCAGCAGCGGAAUCCUCGAUUGGUUCAGGAGGUUCAGUCGAUUGCUCAGCGGAUACAGUCGGGCCAGAUUCGACCAGACAUGGUGCAGCGGAUGCAGCAGUUCGUGCUGUAUAUGCAGCGGCUUGGACAAAGCCGAGGACAAGGCCCUCCCGGCCAACCGCCGCAGGGUCCUCAGCCAGGCAUGCCUCCCAUGCCAGGGCAGCCGAUGCCUCCUGGCAUGGGCGGUCCAAUCCGUCCUGCGCAGCCCGAUGGGGUGCCUCAAGGCGGUAUUCCUCCUGCCCAGCAGCAGCAGCACCAGGCAGCUUCGUCACCCGCGCGACCGCCGAUGCCCGGACCUCCGGGCGCUCCUGACUCGCCGAGUCCUGCCACAUCCGGGAUCCUCGCCCGCCGAGAAGGGAAGAAGCGUAACAUGCCUCCCCCGACAUUUAUCCCCUCGCAUGGCGCCGUUCGACCACCUCCCGCCGAGCAGGCGCCCCCUCCUCAGCCUGCACCCAACGCCUUGCCUGUAAAGGAAUGGGAAGGCAAACUUCGCACCGAAAUCCCCGUGACGGGAAUCAUGCCCUUGCCGGUUAAUGAGAUCGAUGAGAGCGAGGAUCCGACUUUUGGCGGGAAACUGCCUGCCAUGACUGAACGGGAGAAGGAGGACGUGAAGCAAUGGCUUGCCGCAGACAUCAACUUUGCCGAGACGUUCCAAGAGAAGAGGAAGAAGACUUCCGGCGUCAAGAUCCAGCGGUGGAUGGAGAACGAGGACAAGUCGACCCCGUGGUGGAUGCUGCGACGCAACGAGCCCGUGCCGCGACGUACAGCGUCAGCAGUCAACGUUGUCUACCCGGCCGACAAGGCUGCUCAGCGGCUUCGCACCCGCAAGCGCAAGGAGAUCCGUUUCACUCCUGCCCAGAUGAAAUCCAUGGCGGACGUGGAGGAUCACCUCGUUCCGGUGCGUCUGGAGAUGGAGCACGAUCAUCAGCGGUUCAGCGACACGUUUAUGUGGAACUGCUCCGACACGGUUGUGACACCUGAGCUGUUUGCCCAGACAAUUUGCGAUGACUUCAAGCUUCCAGCGGGGCAGUUUGUCCCGAAGAUCGUGGCAGCUAUCAAGGAGCGUGUGCGGGAGUACCAGGACCAGGUUCAGCCAAUCCAGCAGAGUCACACCAGCCGCGGUGUCAUCGAUGAGGACGAUCCGGAGUCGAGGUCAUUCAUGGAGGUUGUGCGUCGUGCCCACGAGCAGGACGAGGAGGUUCGUACUGACGAGGGUGCGGACCAGGACGACUCCCACAUUCGCAUCGUCUCCUUCGAUGACGAGGUGGACGACAAGAUCAUGACUGUGGAUGAGGCGAUGGCCGGUCUCGAGCCUGGCAAGGGCGACGAUGAGCUCCGAUUCCUCGUCAAGAUUGACAUCAUCGUUGGCACGCAGAACCUGUCGGACACCUUCGAGUGGGAUCUCAACUCAACGGUGACACCUGAGGAGUUUGCGGCCUCAUACUGCACCGACCUCGGCCUCACCGGCGAGUUCAUCACCGCCAUUGCCCACGACAUCCGCGAGCAGAUCAUCACUCAUCAGCGCUCGCUGUUCAUCGUUGGACACACGCCGGGAUCCGGUUUCAUCAUGAACGACGAUGUUCGUGCUGCCUUCCUUCCGCCUGUCACAACUGCGCUUCGCAAGGAGGACGUCGCAAUGUCCACAUACACCCCGGUGCUCGCCAACUUCACCGAGGCUGACGUCGCGGCUAUCGAGAAGGACCGCGAGCGCGAGAGCAAGCGCAAAAAGCGUGCGACCCGUGGUCGUCGCGGAAUUGUUCUGCCCGACCGCGAGCCACUCAAGACGUUCCGCACUCUGCUGCAUCCUCUUACCGACGCAAACGGCAACGUCGUCGUGGUCGACCCGACACCGGCUCCUGUCAGCAGCACCCGUCGCGCGGCAGCCAUUGCUGCGCAGGCAAACAUCAACCUCGCGCUCCAGGACUUGCCCAUCGAACGUCCUCCGUCACCGCCGGCAGCUGCCGCUCACGCCCUCAAGCAGCACCCGAAGCGUCAUGUUCCCCGCUCGUCUCGUGGUGCGUCCCAAGCUUCGACUCGGGAAGGCUCUGUCGUCAACGGUGACCACACUCCCAACCCGAGCUUGAAGCGGACACUUCUCGACGACUCGGAGCCCGAGACUGGUUCUCCCCACCCGUCGAAGAAGCGCUUCAAUGGUAGGAUCGAGAGCCCCGAGCAAGAGGCGCCGCCUGCGCCGAAGGAAGAGCCUAAGAUGUGGCACUGCAAGACCUGCGGUGUUCCCGAGCAUCUCUCUGGUGGCAAGCGACCCGACCUCAACGGCGUCAUGGACCUGUGCGUGAAGUGCGGCGAGUUCCUUCAGCGCAACGGCCGCAAACGCUCGGUGCAGUACAAUGAGGACGAGGAGUAUCACCGCCAGCAGCAGGCGAAGGAUGACGACGACGAGCCGCCGCAACCCGCCUUUGAGCUGCCAGUACCCGCUCCGCCGCAGCGCAACUACGAUGAUGAGGAGUCCUCGAGCAGCUCGGACUCUGACAGCUCUGAUGACGACUAUGGGGUCAAGCGCGCCAAGCCUGCACCGACGCCCAAGCCGCGGACAACGAGCAUGUCGGCUAGCGCUGCCCCGCCGACGCCCGCUCGGGCAAGCACGACAACGCCUGCAACUCCCGCCACGCCACUGCCGCCAGCUGGCCCGACGAUGCCGACGCCGCCCGCAUGGCUGGAGCCAGUCAAGUCGGCGAUGCAGAGCAAGUAUCCCGCGAGUCGCUGGGCCGUUGUCCCGAAGCAGGUUGUCGGCGAGGAUGGCGAGAUUUGGCGCGUCAAGUGUCUCGACUGCCCCGGCAAGAUCUACAAGCUGGGACCGGGCGAGACGCUCGAGAACUUUGAGUUGCACCUGAAGAACAAGGCGCACAACGCGAAUGUCCAGGCGCGUCUCAGCAAGCAGGGAUGA